GUACCAGUUUCUGGCCUUUGUCCCACCGAGCGACGGGAGCCUGAGGAAAGCAGGCACGGCCGCGGUGAUGGUGGAUGCCCAGCACCCGCUCACCCUGCGGCUCAACGCCUCGGUGGGCGACGGGGAGCUCUGCAAGAUUCAGUAUCAUUUUGGAGAGUUUGGCAAUUAUUCCCUUGUGGUAAAGACCCUAAGCACAAGCACCAAAACUGUUUCUUGUGACCUAGUCAUCAACGAAGGCCCCAUCAACAGCUACCUCCCUAUUCUUUUUGCUUUCCUGGUUUAUAUGGGCAUCCUUGCUAUUGUGAUUGCUGGGCGCCUUUUUAUGAAAAUUGAUCCAGUCAGAAACUGGGUUUACAAGAAACUGAACCCCAGAGAAACUGAUCGCCUGAUUAAUUCUGAACUUGGGUCCCCGAACAUCACUAGCAGUGAUCCCACCCCACAUUUGUGGAGCACAACCACUCGGCAGCGGCUGCGUUCCCUGGACACAUUCCGAGGGCUCUCUCUUAUAAUUAUGGUGUUCGUUAACUAUGGAGGAGGAAAAUACUGGUUCUUCAAACAUGAGAGUUGGAAUGGAUUAACAGUGGCCGAUCUGGUGUUCCCAUGGUUUGUGUUCAUCAUGGGAACAUCGAUAUCCUUGUCACUGAGCUCCAUGCUGAGGUGGGGAAGUUCCAAGGGGAAGGUGCUUGGGAAAAUCCUCUGGAGGAGUUUUUUGCUAAUCCUGCUGGGAAUAAUAGUUGUGAAUCCCAAUUACUGCCUUGGACCACUGUCCUGGGAUAACCUGCGUAUUCCUGGGGUGCUCCAGAGGCUGGGAUUCACGUACCUGGUGGUUGCUGCUCUCGAACUCCUGUUUACAAGACCUGAGGCUGAGAGUGGGACCUUGGAGACACCAUGUCCUGCUCUGCAGGAUAUUCUCCCAUACUGGCCACAGUGGAUUUUCAUUCUGAUCCUGGAAGUGAUUUGGCUCUGCCUGACCUUUUUGUUACCAGUGCCAGGUUGUCCCAGGGGCUAUCUCGGUCCUGGGGGCAUUGGAGACUUUGGAAACUAUCCGAACUGCACUGGCGGAGCGGCUGGUUACAUUGAUCGUUUGCUUCUUGGAGAAAAGCAUAUAUAUCAGCAUCCCUCUUCAAGUGUGAUUUACCAAACAAUGAUGCCAUAUGAUCCUGAAGGGAUCUUGGGGACCAUAAAUACCAUUUUUAUGGCAUUUCUGGGACUACAGGCAGGAAAAAUUAUCUUGUUCUACAAAGACCAGCACAAACAAAUUAUGACUCGGUUCAUCUUAUGGAGCAUAGUAAUGGGAAUUAUUUCUGCUAUCUUGACAAAAUGUUCUAAAGAAGAAGGGUUUAUUCCCAUAAACAAGAACUUAUGGUCAAUAUCGUAUGUGACAACUCUGAGCUGCUUUGCCUUCAUCCUCUUAUCGCUGAUCUAUUACCUUGUGGAUGUCAAGAGACUGUGGUCGGGUGCUCCAUUUUUCUACCCAGGAAUGAACUCAAUCCUGGUCUACAUUGGACACGAAGUCUUUGAAAACUACUUCCCUUUUAAGUGGAAGAUGCAAGACAGUCAAUCCCAUGCAGAGCAUCUGACUCAAAACCUCACUGCAACAACUCUUUGGGUCAUAAUAUCAUAUUUACUUUACAGGAAAAGGAUAUUCUGGAAAAUCUGACUGAGGUGGUCACAGUGUAGCAGGCCUAGAUUCUGAUGGGGCAAGUGCAUAAGGUGGAUUAGCCUAAAAUAUUGCCACUCGUACUAGGCUGUAUUACUAAAAAGGGAUACUAGUUCAAGUUUACAGUGCCAUGCAAGUUGUCAUCAAGACUUUUAUGUGACUUAAGGGACAGUAUUUUUCCUACUUAGCAAAACCUUAUUAGUCUGCUUCAGCUGCUCUCUUUCCGUUUUCUAUAUUUUG